AUGUUAGCAUAUGGCGUAGCAGCUGAUGCUGUUGAUGAUUAUGUGCGCAUAGGCGAGAGCACUACAAUUGAAUGCUUGGAAAAAUUUGUUGAAGGUAUCAUUUCGGUGUUCAAGGAUGAAUACUUGCGAAAACCCAAUCCAAAUGAUGUACAACGCCUACUACAAAUGGCGGAGGGUCGUGGCUUCCCUGGCAUGUUGGUACUUGAGGUUAUAGCAUCUUCAGACCUUUGGAAAUGGCAUACGUUCUUUGGAGUUUCUGGUUCAAAUAACGAUAUGAACGUGUUAGAUCGUUCUCCAGUAUUCGAUGAUAUUCUAAAUGACCGUGCUCUAGAGAUUGUAUUUAUCCUGAAUGGGCCACAUUUGUCAAAUCAAUCUCAAAGCCACAAGGGGAGAAACGCAAGUUAUUUGCACAAUACCAAGAAGGGCAAAGAAAAGAUGUGGAGCGAGCAUUCAAUGAAAGAUACACUUAUGCAGGAAAUUUUGCUCAAGGCUUAG